AUGACGAUCCCUGAAUCACGGUGCGACACACUGCAGUUGUUUGCGACUGGGAUCUGCCCGGAGGGUCACCAGGAUGACCAACGGACAGAUUACGUUUGGCUGGAAGACUCCAAUGGCUCCACCCCCUUCGAACGGCCGUCUCCGAUCACAUUUGAGCUGGCUGACUUUGCAGACUCGUCGCGGCGGACUUUUGGGGAUUACUCAUCGAACCCGUCUAAUGGAAGACUACGAGAGAGGCAGAUCAAUAUCGGAGGACUAGAGCUUCCAUAUCACCCCGGGUCGGCUUCGGUAGGCGGCAGCGCCUCGAGUAUUGGACAUUUCAACACUCUGAUCUGCAAAUUGUACAUCACUGGGGACGCCCUCGACUCGAUCAUUAGAAACGGUCCUUGUACAGUCCAUGAUCACUCAUGUGAGGGAUUGUCCUAG